UGUCCCUUUGUAUUAUUUACUUUGAAAUUAUGAGUGAAAGAUUAUGUGCAAGUGACAAUGCGAUUUUGAGUUUUAUUUUCAAUCCUAAUCUACCUUUGGAAGACGUAGCCGCGACUUGUGGUGUGGAAUUAAAAGAUGAAGAGAUCCUGUCCAAAAACGAAGAAAUCACCAAAAAAAUUGAACUGGAGGCAAUUCAGUUAGCAGAACAAGGAGAUUUAUCGAAAGCUUUCGAUAUUAUAUCUCGAGCAAUAGAAAUAGCGCCUAAAAAACCGUCUUUAUACAGCAACAGAGCUCAUAUUUUACAAUAUAUGGGUAAAUGUGAAGCUGCUAUGGAGGAUGUAAAUAUAGCUAUAAAACAUUGUACUGAUAAACACAGGAAGACCAGAAGUUUGGCCCACUGUCAACGAGGGAUAUUGUACAAGAAAUUGGGCGAAAACGAAUUAGCUAAAACCGAUUUUGAAGUAGCUGCAGAACUCGGUAAUAAAUUCGCUAAAAAACAACUUGUAGAGUUGAAUCCGUAUGCGGCACUGUGUAACCAAAUGCUGAGACAAGUAAUGGAUAAAUUGCAAUAAAUAAUUUGUUCAAGUAUAUUUUAAUUAUAUUUUUAAUUGUACACCAUAUUUUAAAUCAUAUAAUAUUAAAUGCAAUAAACUGUCAUCAAUACUUUCAUUAUAACUAUGUAAUAAAUAGAUUAAUCUCGCAAUUAAUAGGAUGAUCCAAAUAAUGAAUGUUGAAAUUAAAAUAUGCAAAAGAAAAA